GGAGUUGCAACACAUUUGCCAAGAAGACUCAGACGCCACAGCAGUUGCACGCAGGCUACACUUCUGACCAAGUGAAAUCGGUUGCUACAGGUUACCGAAGGCAGAGAGAUCAAUAAAUAAUCUGCAGGACGCGAUAUUGCCAGGGCUGCUGGCUGGAACGCCUGCAGCAUUCUCCCCUGUCAGACAGCGGUUUUCUGAUAAGGCUUCUGCACAGCCAGCUACUGGGGCCUCGUAAUCUAAGCAAACCGCCAGCUAGCCAGCCAGCCAGCCAGAGCUCACUCACUCUGGCUGCAGCAGAGACGAAGUUGCAGACAGCACGUUCAGUUGACACCCACAGCAUGGCCGGUAAGAUCCAGAGCUUGAGUGAGGAGGAGAGGGAGCACAUUCUACCCCUCCUGCGCAGCGCCCAGUGGGUGGAGGUGGUGGGGAGGGACGCCAUCUACAAGGAGUUCAUCUUCAAAGACUUCAACCAGGCUUUCGGCUUCAUGUCCAGGGUGGCCCUGCAAGCGGAGAAGAUCGACCACCACCCAGAGUGGUUUAAUGUCUAUAACAAGGUGCAGAUCACCCUGAGCACGCAUGACUGCGGGGGUCUGUCGCAGCGGGACAUCACCCUGGCGACCUUCAUCGACCAGGCCUCGGUGCUCUGAAGCCCGCUGCAGUGACCAUGGACCCUUCUCAUGUUAUUGUUUCCAUAUGACAGUUUGUACAACUGAGCCUUAAACCAUAAACCACACAGGAGCUCUUAGAUAAGGAGAAACGCCCCGGCUACCUAGCUAAGCACGGCACAUUUCACGGCACUUUUUGUUUACAAAACAACAGGAGGGUCAAGAGCGCCCCCAUAGUGUUGUGGCCUGUAACAGCACCCCCAUGUAUUAAUCAGACACAUGAAGUACCCCUUUAAGGUGAUUAAGGUUAUUUGAACACUGACAUUUGAACACUCUACUGGUAAUUGAAGGAAAUUAAGUUGUAGAACA